GUUUAAAGAUGGCGGGAGAAGGGCAGAAGGACCAAACUGUGAUUAUAAAAUGGAGCGGAAACGUCUACAACAUUGCACUAACAGACUCAUCAACGGUGGCAAAUAUGAAAGAUACUAUAUACAAAGAAACAGGAGUACGGCCUGAACGACAGAAACUGUUGGGUCUCAAAUAUAAAGGAGGGGUUCCUGCAGACGAUGUAGUUAUAUCUGAGUUGAAACUGAAACCUAAUACAAAAAUUAUGAUGAUGGGAUCAAGAGAAGAGGAACUGGAUAAAGUCAAAGAGCCACCCACAGAUUUACCUGAAGUCAUCAAUGACUUUGACAUAGAAGAGGAUGAAAUUGCUAUAGAAAAUAGAGAAGAAUAUUUGUCGAAAAUUGAGAAAAGGGUUCGAGAUUACAAGAUAGAAGUGUUUAAUCCUCCCCGAGAAGGCAAGAAGCUGUUGGUACUAGACAUUGACUACACACUGUUUGAUCACAGAUCAGUAGCAGAGACGGCCAAUGAGUUGAUGAGACCUUUUCUACACGAGUUUCUACAGUCCGCCUAUGAGGAUUAUGACAUUGUUAUUUGGUCUGCCACAGGAAUGAAAUGGAUAAAUGUGAAGAUGAAGGAGCUGGGAGUGACAGACAACCCUAACUAUAAGAUCACCUUCCACCUUGACAGCAGUGCCAUGAUCAGUGUCCAUACGCCAAAGUAUGGUGUCAUAGAGGUGAAGCCAUUAGGUGUGAUUUGGGGGAAAUACAAACAGUGGACAACAAAGAAUACCAUUAUGUUUGAUGACAUCAGAAGGAACUUCAUCAUGAACCCUCAAAAUGGACUGCGGAUAAAGGCGUUCAGAGAGGCACAUCAAAACAGAAUGAAAGAUCGAGAACUUCUUAAGCUGGCCAAGUAUCUCAAAGACAUAUCAACAGUGGAAGAUUUCACAACACUCAAUCACAGAAAAUGGGAAAAAUAUCGGAGCAAGCGAAAGCAUGACCAUUCUGAUGGGGAUAAUGUCUCAGAAAGCAUGAACACUGAUUGAAUGGUGUGCCGAUUAUUCUUAACCUCUGAAACUGACAUUUGAGCCGAAAAAGAAACAAGCAAGUGGUGGACAUAAGUGUGUUUAACCAAGAAAAGCAAACACGCUUUGCACAUUCUCAAUAUUGCUGCAAUUGUCACAUUAUAUUUUAUGAACUAUUGACAUGUAGAGUAAGUCUACUUGUUCUAUGUAAUGGCACAUGCCCGUAGGGCAGGAUGCUGCACAAUUCUGGUAACUGUUGGUAUCAUCUGUUUAAACUUCAGUUAUAAACUGAAAUUCUCACCGAGUUGGAAAUAGAACAUGGUUUGUGAAUCACCUACCACAGCUGUAAGUGGACUGGUUUUUGUCAAUCACUCACUAAAGAGGAUUCCUCACUGACGAUGAUUUGUCAAAUCAUGUUUUAAGUUGUGUGACAGAGUAUGACGAUGAUGUAGCAAUGUUGAAGAGAUGUAAUCUUAACGUGUGCAAUAAGUGUCUAAUGUUCUUAUGUUGACUUGGUCAACUUGUCCUUGAUAGUUACAGAUUUAGCUAAUGUAAGAGAUCUCGCAAAAUACUGCUGACUUGUUUUCUGUUGACAAAUAUGGCAAGGUUGUUCCACUGAAUGGCUUACAUAGAUCUUGUUGGUUAUAACCAAGAAGUCAUCACUUUCCAUCAUGUAUAUUCUCCUUCCAUCCAGCUCAACAACAGUUUAUUACUUGUUUCAUAAAUGUACAUCUAUCUGGGCCACCAACAGUGAUUAAUUAUAUAAGUUAAUUUCUUGUUUCAAAAUUAUAUAUCUACCUUGUAUUUGGGCCAAAAAUAGUGAUUAAUAUAAAUUAAUUACUUGUUUCAUAAUAAUUGUAAAAUACAUUGUCAUUUAUUUUCCAAAAUAUGUAAGUAAUUUAGUUUUCUGAUGACCUUGAAAUAGUAAGGAAAUAUAAAAAAAAAAAAAA